AUGUAUGCGUUCGGGCAGAGCCCCGAGUCAUCAAGGCAGACAAGUCCCGCAUCACGAGAUCAUAACCCGCGGAAACGCGGGAGGACCGCAUGCACUCGCUGCAAGACACGGAAGCAGAAGUGCGAUAAUGAACAUCCGACUUGUUCCAACUGCCUGAAGGCGGGGGUCUCGUGCGACAAGUCCAGCGUCCGAGAGGACAAAGACCGUCAGAAUGAUUACACACGCGGCUUAGAGGAGCGUGUGGUGUUCCUUGAGCGUAAACUUGUUGAGUCUGAUCGAUCAUCAGACCAGAAUGCUGCCGCCACAAAUACUGCGUCUUCGUUGUUCUCCCCACAAGGUGGCCACACAACGCCGCACACAACUACCUCGGGAUUUGACAAUAAUCCCGUCGGAGAGAUUGUGGGCCUUCUUGCGCUGAACGCCUCCGAGGCACCUGCAUACGUAGGAUCCAGUUCUGGUCUUUCUCUUGCUGCCGACCUGGGAGAGAUGGUCCAAACGAGUGUAUGGAACCAAUUCAUCUCAAGAAUGCAGCAGAAAACCAGUACCACCGCCUCUAAUAAUCCUCGAAAUACGGCAGGCAAAGCACACGGGCCCUCGGAGCAGCCCAGCGCCACUCAAAUUCGAGAUCGGGCAACGAGAAUGGAAGAUCUCUUGCCAGCGAAUGUUGAGCCUCCAACUGAUGAGAUGGGGGCAAGAAUACUCGAGACAUAUUUCACCCGACUUCAUUCUCGAUAUCCAUUUCUUAACCGGACACAAGUAUGGCAGAUCCAUGCAGAUCGAUGGCGCUUAGCUAAGAUCAAGCGUGAGGAUCUGACUCGGUCUGAUCGAUUUGCUAUCUUCAAACUCAACCUGGUCUAUGCAAUCGGCGCAACAAUGCUUCGGCUGAGUGAGAAAUAUGCGUACACGACUCCUGAGCGAUUCUAUACUGCCGCAUUGCAGCAUGUCCCGACAAUGUGUGAAGCGCGAUCCAUUGACAAUAUCGAGGCCAUGGUUCUUCUUGUCGUAUAUCAUCUCCGAACUGCAUCCAGUCAUGGCAUGUGGUACAUGAUUGGACUUGCUAUGCGCACUGCUAUCGAUCUAGGUCUUCACCGAAAAGCAAAUGAAAGCAACAUGGAUCCAUUUACCACUCAGAUGCGACGAAGACUAUUUUGGACUGUAUACUAUUUGGAGCGAGUGGUAUCGAUGUCUCUCGGCCGCCCAUUCAGUAUAUCCGAUCGUCACAUUGAUCUUGACCUCCCACUAGAAGUGGACGACGACAUUGAAGAUCCAACACUACUCACAGCACCCUUAGAUCCAAACAAAACCACAACCUUGACAUUCGCAAUUUACCUCUUCAAACUUCGUCGCAUCGACUCUCGCAUCCAACAUAAAAUCUACCGCGCCGACCGCCCCCUAUCUUCUCUCCGACCAAAAAUGGACCCUCUAUACCUUGAACUGGAACAGUGGAAAGAAUCCGCCCUAUUACGAUUCAGCGGCCCAGAUCUCGACUACCCAAUGUUGCACUUCAACCGAGCAGUCCGACUACUAAUCCAGCCCUUCCUUCCCCUCCUCCCAAUCACAGACCCAUACUACCAAAUCUGCAUCCUGGCCGCAGGAAACAUAUGCCAGUCCCACAAACGCCUCCACCAAACCCUGGAAUACGGCCACUCCUUCCUAGCCGUGCAAACAGUCUUCAUGGCCGGAAUCACCCUCCUCUACGCGCUAUGGACACACACAGACCAAGUCUGGUCCGUCCGCAUGAGCAACGACAUCCGCGCUUGCUCAACAGUUCUCUUCGUAAUGGGCGAGCGCGCAGCAUGGGUCAAGAAAUACCGUGACGCCUUCGAGCUGCUAGUCAACGCCGCCAUGGAGAAACUGCAGGGCAACGAGACUGCCCGUAACGCCGGAAUGGCUGAGCUGAUGACAGCCCAGUAUGGCGUUAAUUGGAAUUCUACGACUGCUCCCGGCAUGUCCGGUAGUGAUAAGUUUCCCCCCGUCAAUCCGACGGGGUUGGCUCCUGAUACUGCGGGUGCUACGUUUCAGACGCAGGGUUGUCCGGAUGAUGAUUCUGAGCAUGCGGUUAGGAUGGCGUUGCAGCUGGCGCCAUGGAUUGAUCAGGAUGAAAGUGAUCCUUUAUGGGUGCCGGACUUUGAGACUUUGGAGAAUCUGUCUGGGACUUUUUGGAGUCAUGGUGAUACGAGGCUUUUUGAUCCUAUGUGA